CAAGAGCGUCGGCAGCAGCACCAUCAGCAGCAGCACAGCGCCGUCAAGUCCGAACGCCGAAGCAUUAGCCAGGACACACAAUUGUCUCUCUUUCUCGCUUCCUGGGAGUGCGUGCGACCGGAGCAACAUGUUUCCUGCGAGGCGACGCGGAGAAAAGUGCGCCAGGGGCUCGACAGCGUCGGCGGCACUGGAGGUGAGACAGCAACAGCGGUGCCUGAGCAUGGCAGUGACUGGACGGAUCGGGAAGGUGUGGGUCUUCUGUUGGGUUCUGCUCUCGGCGACGUGCUUCUGCGCCCGGGCUCAAGUAGAUGACGUGCCGCCCUAUUUCAAGAUGGAGCCCCCUCAGGUCCAGGUUCAGCUGGAGGGCAACCGUCUGGUCCUCACCUGCAUGGCGGAGGGUAGCUGGCCUCUGGAGUUCAAGUGGAUCUACAACGGCAGCGCGCUCACCCGCUUUUCCUUGGAAUACAGGUACCUGAUACCCUCGCUGGAGCAAUUCCAUGCCGGCCACUACCGCUGCAUCGUCAGGAACCGAGUGGGGGCCGUCAUGCAGUGCAGCACUGAAGUCCGGGUGGCGUACAUGAGCGGCUUCGUGGAGGCCCAGCGUUCUCAGACGGUGUCGCAGGGCGACGGUGCCCUCAUCCCGACGCCCCGCAUCCACAGCUUCCCCAAGCCCCAGAUCACCUGGUUCCGUGAUGGGCGCAAGAUCCCCUCCAGCGGACGCAUCGCCAUCACCCUGGACAACACCCUGGUGGUCCUGUCCACGGUGGCGCCCGACGCCGGCCGCUACUACGCGCAGGCCGUCAACGACAAGAACGGCGAGAACAAAACCAGUCAGCCUGUCACGCUGGUUGUGGAGGAAACGGGAGGACCCGCGGACCCCAUUGGCCCCUCCAUCCUCGUCCCGCCUAAGAACACCAGCGUGACGGCGGGCAGGAACGAAGCCAUCUUGGAGUGUGUCGCCAAUGCCAGGCCGCUGGUCAAGAUGGACAUCACAUGGAAGAAAGACGGCGCGAUGCUCCACGCGGGAAUUCGAGAUUUCGGCCGUCGUCUGGUCAUCAGCCAGCCGACGCACGGCGACGGCGGCUACUACGAGUGCGAGGCGACGCUCCGCGGCGGCGGCGUGCCACCAGCCACCGCCGGUGCCUUUCUGCACGUGCUCGAAUAUCCUUUGUUUGUGAAAGAGCCGCCGAGCCGCAUUGCUGCAGAGAUGGAGAAGGUGGUGGACAUCCCCUGUCAGGCUCGAGGCACGCCUCAGCCGGACAUCAUGUGGUACAAGGACGCGACAGCCAUCAGCCCCUUGAAGACCCCCAGGUACAAAAUCCUGGCGGGAGGCAGUCUGCAGAUCAACGGCCUUCUGCCCGACGACACCGGAAUGUUCCAGUGCUUCGCCCGCAAUCUGGCCGGAGAGAUCCAGACCAACACCUAUCUCGCUGUCACCAGCAUCGCUCCCAACAUCACAGCCGGCCCGGCUGACAGCGCCGUGAUUGACGGCAUGUCAGUCAUCCUGCACUGCCUGACGUCCGGAGCGCCGCGGCCGGCCAUCACCUGGCAGAAAGGCGAACGCGUGCUGGCCAGUGGCUCAGUGCAGCUGCCCAGGUUCGCCCUGCUGGAGUCGGGCAGCCUGCUCAUCAGUCCGGCCCACCUGUUCGACGCGGGGACCUACACCUGCAUGGCCAGCAACUCCAGAGGCAUCGACGAAGCCUCCGCCGACCUGCUGGUGUGGGCCCGCACCCGCAUCAGCAAGCCGCCGCAAGAGCAGAGCGUCAUUAAGGGGACCAAGGCGGUCAUGGCCUGUGGCGUCACCCACGACCCCCGUGUCAGCAUCAGCUACGCUUGGGAGAAAAGCAGCUCUCCGCUGGACGUGACGGCGUCGCCCCGCCUGCGACUGGACAGCGAGGGCACCCUCCACAUCUCCCAGACCUGGUCCGGCGACAUUGGGACCUACACCUGCCACGUCACCUCCGUGGGCGGCAACGACUCCCGCAGCGCCCACCUCAGAGUCAGGCAACUACCUCACGCGCCCGAAAACCCCGUGGCGGUGCUGAGCCGGACGGAGAAGCGCACCAUCAACCUAACGUGGGCGCAGGCCUUUGAUGGCAACAGCCCACUCCUCUGCUACGUCGUGGAAGUGUCAGAGAACAACGCUCCAUGGACGGUGCUUAUCGCCGACAAGGAGCCGGAGUCAACCGGGGUGGCGGUGGGCGGCCUCAUCCCGGCGCGCUCCUACCAAUUCCGCUUGUGCGCAGUCAAUGACGUCGGCCGAGGGCAGUUCAGCAAAGAGAGCGAGCGCCUCACCCUUCCAGAGGAGCCCCCCAGCGCGCCCCCGCAGACGGUGAUGGCCAGCGGCCGCACCAAUCAGUCCAUCAUGAUCCAGUGGCAGCCGCCCCCCGAGAGCCACCAGAACGGACCGCUCCAGGGCUACGUAAUCAGGUACUGUCUGUCUGGGCUUCCCGUGGACUGUCAGAUAAAGAACAUUACCAGCCCGGAGCAAAGCAGCCUGCUGCUAGAGGACCUCAUCAUCUGGACCAACUACGAGAUAGAGGUGGCGGCCUACAAUGGGGCGGGCAGGGGCGCCUACAGCCACAAGGUGACCGAAUGGACACUGCAAGGAGUGCCCACCGUGCCGCCGGGAAAUGUGCGAGCUGAGCCAGUCAACUCCACCGCCAUGCGAUUAGCCUGGAGCGCCCCUAGCCCGCAGUUUGUCAACGGAAUCAACCAGGGUUACAAGCUGUUGGCAUGGGAACCUGGGCGGGCCGGCGAGAUGACCGUGGUGACGGCGCGCCCCAACUUCCAAGACAGCAUCCACGUGGGCUAUAUCUCGGGCCUGAAGAAGUUCACCGAAUACUACACGUCUGUGCUGUGCUUCACCACGCCGGGGGACGGCCCGCGCAGCCCGCCUCAGAGGCUACGCACCCACGAGGACACCCCCGGUGCUGUGGGACACCUCAGCUUCACUGACAUCUUGGAUACCUCCCUCAAAGUCAGCUGGAAGGAGCCUCGGGAGAAAAACGGCCUUCUCACAGGCUACCGCAUCUCGUGGGAGGAGUUCAACAGGACCAACACGCGUGUGACCCACUACCUGCCCAACCUGACUCAGGAGUACAAGGUCACGGGCCUGACCGCACUCACCACCUACACCAUCCAGGUGGCGGCCAUGACGGCCAAGGGACAAGGCCAGCCAUCCGCCUCCACCAUCUCCUCGGGUGUCCCGCCAGAGCUGCCCGGCCCUCCGACCAACUUGGCCGUCUCCAACAUGGGCGCUCGCUCCGUCAGCCUGCAGUUCACGCCGGGCUACGACGGCAAGACAUCUAUUUCCUGCUGGCAGGUGGAAGCCCAGAUCGGCAUCAUUGGUGAGGAUGAAGAGUGGCUGAUGGUACAACAGCUGGUGAAUGAGCCGGACGCCCGUGCCAUGGAGGUGCUGGAUCUUAACCCUUACACCUUCUACAGGUUCAGAAUGCGGCAGGUGAACAUUGUGGGCAGCAGCCCCCCCAGCCAGCCUUCUCGAAAGAUCCAGACCUUGCAGGCCCCCCCGGACGUCUCCCCCGCCAACGUCAGCCUGCGUACGGCCAGCGAGACCAGUCUGUGGCUCCGCUGGCUGCCGCUUCCCGAGUGGGAGUACAACGGGAAUCCCCAUCUGGUGGCCUACCGUGUCCAGUACUCCAAAGUUGGCGCCAAAGGAGGUGUCCUCUUGCACAUGGUUGCCGACCGGCUGGAGAGGGAGUUCACCAUUGAGGACCUGGAGGAGUGGACCGAGUACGAGGUCCGGGUUCAGGCCGUCAAUGGGAUCGGGUCGGGACCCUGGAGCCCGCCGGUCCACGGGAGAACCAGGGAGUCCGUUCCUUCCAAUGGUCCCGCCAAUGUGUCGGCCUUUGCCACCACCUCCAGCAGGAUCUUGGUGCGCUGGGGCCAGGUCCCCGAGACGGAUCGCAACGGACCCAUCCUCGGAUACAAGGUUCUCUACAAGGAGAAGGACUCUGACUCAGCUCCCAGUUUCUGGACGGUGGAGGGCAAUGGCAGCCAUAGCGUCCUUCUGACGGGGCUGAGCAAGUAUGUGCUCUACGAGAUACGGGUGCUCGCCUUCACCCGCAUCGGAGACGGGAGGAGCAGCGCACCGUCCAUCUUGGAAAGGACCCUUGAUGACGUGCCAGGCCCCCCAGUCGGCAUCCUCUUCCCCGAAGUGAGAACCACCUCCGUUAGGCUCAUCUGGCAACCCCCUUCCCAACCCAAUGGCAUCAUCCUGGCCUAUCAGAUCACGUACAGAGGCAACUCGUCGGUGAGCAGCGGCACCACCGUCAAUGUACUGAGCCCGAGCGCGCGGCAGUACGUGGCGGCGGGCCUCAAGCCCGAAACGGCGUACGUCUUUGGCCUCAGCGCACAAACGCGGAAGGGCUGGGGCGAAGCCGCUGAGGCCUUGGUGGUCACCACGGAAAAACGAGCCCGACCCCAACCCACGGGCCGGCCCAUGGCGCCGCAACGGGAAGUGCGCGCUCGCCGAGUGCUGCUGACGUGGGAGCCGGGCAGCGACGGGCUCUCCCCAGUGCGCUACUACACGGUGCAGUAUCGAGAGCUGCCGGGAAACAACUGGACAAUGCACUCCGCCUCGGUCAGCCACCAGACAAAGGCCUACUCAGUGGACAGGUUGAAGCCCUUCACGUCGUACCAGUUUCGCGUCAAGGCCACCAAUGACAUCGGAGACAGCGAGUACAGUCAGGAGAGCGAGGCCGUCACCACGCUGCAGGAUGCACCAGACAAAGCCCCGACUCUUCUGUCCGUAACACCGCACAGCACCACAUCCGUGCUGCUCCGCUGGCAGUCUCCCUCUGAGGAUCACAUCAACGGCAUCCUGCUGGGAUUCCGGCUCCGCUACCGAGAGUUGCGCUACGAGCGCCUGCAAAGCUUCACGCUGCACGCCGCCAACAGCCCGUCCCCCAGCUGGGCCCAUCUCAUCGCUCCCUACAGCAUCAGGAACUUGAGCCAAUCCUCCCUCACCCAGUACGAACUUGACCAUCUGAGUCAACACAAGCGGUACGAGAUCCGAAUGAGCGUGUACAACACAGUGGGGGAGGGUCCGAGCAGCACCCCGCAGGAGGUCUUUGUGGGCGAAGCAGUCCCAACAGCGUCGCCCCAGAACGUGGUGGUCCAGUCCACCGCCGCCACCCAGCUGGAUGUGGCGUGGGACCCUCCACCGGCGGAUACGCAGAAUGGCGACCUACAAGGUUACAAGAUUUACUUUUGGGAGUUUCCGCUGCAGAACGAGACCGAGCGCCUGCGCACGCUCUUUGUGCCUGAGCUGGGCGUGAACCUGAAGAACUUGACGGGCUACACCACUUACAUGGUCAGCGUUGCCGCCUUCAACGCGGCUGGCGACGGGCCCCGUUCGCUGCCCACUAGAGGGCGCACUCAGCAAGCAGCCCCCGGCCCUCCCAGCUUCAUCCACUUUGGCGAGCUGACCACCACUUCAGUCAACGUGUCGUGGGGCGAGCCCGAUCGGGCCAACGGCGUCGUCGAGGGCUACCGCCUGGUCUACGAGCCAUGCGCUCCGGUUGAUGGUGUCAGUAAGAUAGUGACAGUGGACGUGAAAGGCGGCGGCCCCCUGUGGCUGAAAAUCAAGGACCUGGCCGACGGCGUCACCUACAAUUUCCGCAUCCGCGCCAAAACGCUCACCUACGGGCCCGAGGCGGAGGCCAACAUCACCACGGGCCCCGGAGAGGGUGCACCGGGCCCUCCGGGAGAACCCUUUCUUACCCGCUACGGCUCCGCCCUCACGAUGCACUGGAGCGGUGGCGAUCAAGGCCGCGCGCCCAUCACACGAUACGUCAUUGAAUUGAGGCCGUCUGAUGAAGGUUUGUGGGACAUCUUCAUCAAAGACAUCCCCAAAGAAGUCACAUCAUACACACUCAACCUGGACCUGCUGCGAGAAGGCGUCAGCUACGAUUUCCGUGUCAUCGCUGUCAAUGACUAUGGCUAUGGCUCGCCCAGCCUGCCCUCACCCUCCGUCUCAGCCCACAAAGUGUCGCCCUUCUACGAGGAGUGGUGGUUCCUGGUGGUCAUCGCGCUGGUGGGUCUCAUCUUCAUCCUGCUGCUGGUUUUUGUCCUGAUCAUCCGCGGACAGAGUCAAAAAUACAGCCAGAAGACUGAUUCAGGCAACUGCACGACGCUGCCACUGAGCCAUGGUGAGAUGGUGCGCCUGGAUGAGCGCCGCUUCCCCUCGGAGCGCAACAACCGACGCCUCUCGGUCAAAAACUCCUUUUGUCGCAAGAACGGCAUCUACACACGGUCGCCGCCGAGGCCCAGUCCCGGAAGUCUGCACUAUUCCGACGAGGACGUGAGCGCCAAAUACAACGACCUCGUUCCGGCAGAGAGCGGCAGCCUGACGGAGAAGCCCUCCGAGAUCUCAGAUUCUCAGGGAAGCGACAGCGAGUAUGAGAUGGAGCAGAGCCGGCAGAAGACGCACUCCUUCGUCAGCCACUACAUCAGCGACCCCGCCUACUACAACUCGUGGCGGCGUCAGCCCAAGGGAGUGUCCCAGCCGCCGGCGUACAGCUACUCGCGGGCCGUUCCCCCGGCGGAGCAGGAGUCGCCACAGCAGCCGCCUCCCGUGCCCCCACUUCCCCCUCUGCUCCCGUCCCCGCAGCUUCAGGGCCAGGGCGGCCUCUUCAGGCCCAAAGGAAGCCGAACUCCCACCCCGCUGUCCUUGGAAGCCCCCAGCCAGCACGCCGCCCUCUACCGGCCCCCCAGCAGCCUGGGCUGCGCCACCAACUCGCCACCGCCACCCUCCGCCGGCUUCUCCUCUUUUGUUUGACGCGGUCUGACAAGAUGCCAUCCCAAGAAGCACUCUUUGCUUUUGUUUCUCAUCUUUGACAUGGCAGGCGUCUUUCUCCUCUGCCAAGCGGGCGUUCGGGUGUGUGUUCGUGCUGUGCUUCAUCAAUGUGAUGUUUGGUCAUGGAAAGAAUUUGACUUGUCACUCCAGAAGGUUCCAUUGAAAUGCAGAGAGAGCUUUGAGGACACAAGAUAAAAAGGACACACGAGGGUGUGAAACAAAGCCUGUGACCUGCUUGACCCCCUUGUUUUCUCACUCGGCCUGAUCGUUGUGGUUAGGCUAUGUACUUGUCUCUGAUUGUUUAGCGCCUGUUUAUACGAAUACGCCUUGAGCUGACUUGUCACAUCAAGGCAUGGUGGUGCCUUUUGCUGUUUUUUCUGGGACAUGAUGCUGCUGGGCUGGGCAUCUGUGUUGAUUUGUGUGCAGCUGCAGAAGAUAGUUAUAGCAACUCUAACUUUUUGGGAAGAUGUGUGUUUUUUAGCCGUUAUAUUCAUCACAGACACUGACUGAAAGAGUAAAAGCACAAGUCACGGCGGACCAGGCCAUGUCAAACUUACAGAUACUGUAUCGGAGGACUUGUGAGAAUUUAGUAGGAAAUGGUACAAAAGGUUACACAUUUUUUCCCUCCCAAAACUACUCAAUAAAAAUGUAAUUAUAAUCUUUUGGCACCAGCAA